AUGUCUGCUAUUCCCAAUCUCUACGAGGGCGUUGACAACACCAGUAACCCGGACGCUAUUCAACAACAACUGCAGAAUAACAAAGACGCUGUACAACACUUCGAAUAUUCCCAGAGCAAUGGUACAGCACCGGCGACGAACGGUGUGAAGACUGAAGAGCCAUGGGCAUUACACGAUACACCUGUUGAGAACCAACGGCCACUGAAAGUGAUUGUCAUUGGAGCUGGAUACUCGGGCAUAUAUCUGGGCAUCAGGAUCCCGGAGAGACUGCGGAAUGUCGACUUGGUGAUCUAUGAGAAGAAUGCUGGUGUUGGUGGGACCUGGUACGAGAACCAAUAUCCCGGCGCUGCCUGCGACAUCCCCUCCCACUCCUACCAAUUCUCCUUCAACCCCAAACACGACUGGUCCGCCCUCUACGCCCCAUCCUGGGAGAUCCGCGACUACCUCACCACCACCGCAAAGAAAUACGGCGCCAACCGCUUCAUCAAGCUCGAACACAAAGUCGCCGGCGCAACCUGGCACCAGGACGAAGGCAAAUGGCACGUCCGCGUCGAGCAGCCCGACGGCUCAAUGAUGGAAGACACCGCCGACGUCGUCAUCUCCGCGCGCGGCAACCUGAACAACAAAAUGUGGCCCGACAUCCCCGGCCUCUGGGACAAGUUCAAAGGAGAAGUAAUGCACUCCGCCGCCUGGAACCAAAACUACGACUUUGGGAACAAACGCGUCGGCGUGAUCGGAUCCGGCAGCAGCGCCAUUCAAAUCAUCCCCAAACUCCAGGCCAAGAAAGGCGCGCAUCUGAACUGCUUCAUCCGCAAUCGAACAUGGAUCUCCCCACCUCUAGGCCAAGCGAUGCAGGAUAAAUACGGUAUUCAAGAGUUCGAGUUCUCCCCUGAUCAGAUCAAGAAGUUUGAAGAGGACCCGGAGAGCUGGAUGCAUUUCCGCAUGGAUAUCGAAGCCGAUGCGAAUAAUAUCCAUGCCGUGACGAUCAAGAACAGCGAGAUGCAGAAGGGGGCGAAGAAGGCUUUCGCGGCGGGUAUGAAAGAGCGUUUGGCGAAGAAGCCGGAGUAUUAUGAUUAUUUGAAGCCGGGUUUUAGUCCUGGGUGUCGGCGGUUGACGCCUGGACCGGGAUUCUUGGAGGCAUUGGUGGAGGAUAAUGUGAGUUUUGUGAGGGAUAGGAUUGAGCGUUUGGAGGAGAAGGGGGUCGUGACGGAGGAUGGAGCGCUGCAUGAGAUUGAUGUGUUGGUGUGCGCGACGGGGUUCUACGCCAGUACGGCACCGCCUUUCCCUGUCAAGGGCCUUGGUGGCGAGACUCUAGACAACCAUUGGUCUGAGCGAGCGACGAACUAUCUUUCUCUGGCGACCGAUGGGUUCCCGAAUUACAUGAUGAUGCUGGGUCCAAACGGGGCAAUCGGCGAGGGCAGCCUGACGAUGAUGAUCGAAAGCACCGGCGACUACAUCACCAAAGCAGUGCGGAAGAUCCAGAAAGAAAACAUCCGAUCAAUGGUGGUCAAGCCCGACCGCGUGAAAGACUUCCUGCAAUACUGCGACACCUACUUCCAAGGCACAGUCUACUCGGAAGAAUGCCGAUCAUGGUACAAGAAGAACGGCCGCGGCGUCUCCGCCGGCAUCGUCACCGGCCUCUGGCCCGGCAGCACGCUCCACUGCAUUGAGGCCCUGCGCUCCCCGCGCUGGGAGGACUACGAGUACGCCUACCGCGCGGAACCCAACGGCGCGCCGGUGAACCAGAUGGCGUGGUUGGGCAAUGGGUGGGGCGCGAAGCAGACGGUGGAGAAGCCGGAUAUGGAGGCGCUGUCGUUUUAUAUUACGCCCAUGUUUCAGGAGAGGGAGAUUGGGGUGCCGGUCGAGGGGAGGCCGGAGGAGAAUAAGCAGUACCAGAUUAGACCGUGGAGUUAUUAG